AUGUCGAAAGAAUACGAAGGACAAGACCUGUUAGAUAUCGCCGCUCGCGCUGAGCAAGACCUCAACGAUCCGAAACACAACUCCGGUGUUCAAGAAGGGACAGGAUUUGGUGGCAAGACCGUUGGCGGAGGAAGUACUUCGACAGAGGAAUCGGGCAUCGACCAGUCAGUCACCAACAAGUUCCCAGGAAGCACGGCAGAGUAUGGAUCUACGGUCACAGGCCGGACGAUCCCUCCUGAGCAAGGUGGCGACUUCCAGAAAGGUACGGGCAAGUUAACGAAGGCUGAGGAUUUCGACCAAGGUGCCCCGGGAGAAGGUCCUGAGGAUGUCUUGAAGCGUCGUGAACAGGAUGCUGGAGGAGAUGAUGACGUUAGGAGCAAUAUUCGACAGCACGCGCCGCAGAAGAGGACCUCAUAG